AUGUCAGAUGCACUCAGCAUAGAGAAAAUUAGGUCGCAAAUACUGGCAAAGCCGAUUUUUGCAGCGAUAAAGACGACCUGCUCCUACUGUAUUAAGUUUCUGAGCACUAUUGAUAGGCUAAAUCUAAAAGACAGCCUACAGGUUGUAGAUGAUGUGCACCACGCCGCCCUUCUGAAAAACAUUCGAAAUGUCGUGAGCGAGGUAUAUAGGCACCACACAGUUCCUAUUGUGUUUGUGAAUGGCCGGUUUGUUGGCGGAAACGACUCUUUUGAGUCCAUUUUAGGGAGGCUGAAGGCAGUCAUGGACAUUGCUCCGCUGGACCAGUCUCUUGUUCUCACAGAGAGUGGAAAGCUGCCAAAAUGA